GAGUAGCAUAUCAACCACGUGGACUAGGCGUAGAAUAUGCGGAUCCAUUGGCACGAUCUGAGGCUUGCAAACGUGAUGUUAAGUUGAUGAAAGAGUUGGGUUUUAAUGCCAUACGUGUUUAUGAGGUUGAUAACGAUAAGGAUCACGAUACAUGUAUGAAUUACUUUGCAAAAGCUGGUAUAUACCUAAUUCUCGAUCUAGCUACCAUAAAAUCUAGCAUAAACCGUGAUAAUCCACAAUGGUCAUUAUCACUCUUUCAAAAUUAUAUUGCCACUGUUGAUGCAUUCAGCAAAUAUCCAAACACAUUGGCAUUUUUUGCUGGUAAUGAAGUCACGAACAAUAAAUCUAAUACAGAAGCGAGUUCAUUUGUUAAGGCUGCGAUAAGGGACAUUAAAGAAUAUAUUAGGGUGAAUGCAAAAAAGAACAAUGGACGAAUUAUACCAGUAGGAUAUUCCAGCAAUGAUGACCAAGACGUUAGAAUUCCAUUGAAAGAGUAUUUUAAUUGUGGAAAUAAGAGUGAGCAGGCGGAUUUUUACGGAGUAAAUUUAUACGAAUGGUGUGGAGAUAGCACCUUUGAAACUUCUGGAUAUGCGGAUAGGACCGGAGAAUUCGACAAUUAUAACAUUCCUGUUAUUCUUUCCGAAUAUGGUUGCAAUGUUGUAAUGCCUCGUAAAUUCACUGAAGUUUCAACAAUCUAUGGUUCACAAAUGACUUCAGUCUGGUCAGGCGGAAUAGUUUAUGAAUGGUCACAAGAAAGUAAUUCAUAUGGUCUUGUAGAAAUUGAUAAAGACGGUAAUGCCAAAAAAUUGCAGGACUUUAUAAACCUUCAACAACAAUUUUCUAAAAUAACAAUUCCGUCGAGUGGCACUUUCACACAAAAAAAUGAUGAAUCUUCAAAGUGCCCUCCUCAAUCAGAAAAUUGGAAGGCGACUACGAAUCUACCACCAACUCCUAUGAAGAAUGUUUGUGAAUGUAUGGUCUCUUCGCUUUCUUGUGUUGCGUCAUCGAAUGUUAUGAAUGAUCAAAGAUUAAUUGAUGAAAAUUUUGGACUAAUUUGUGGAAUGGUCAAAUGUGAUGAUAUUAAUGUUGAUGUCAGUUCGGGUAAAUAUGGUAAAUACUCGUAUUGCAGCUCGGAAGAUAAGUUAUCUUAUCAAUUUGAUGUUUAUUUUAAAUAUCAAAGGAGAAAUCCCCUUGCUUGUAACUUUAAAGGUGCUGCUAUAAUUGUUAAAAAUGAUAAGAAUAAAGGAAAUUGCGGUGAGAAUAAAACUAGUAAUGAUAAUCCUAAUGUUCCAAGUAAUAACACAGUUGACAGUGGUGACGAUAAAAAGAAAAGCGAUGCGACUGCUUUAAAGAACUUUGGAAACUUUAUGGGAAUAAUGACGAUUUUUGUUAGUUUUAUUAAUGUAUAUUGA